CGAGCUUUGAUAUUCUCAAAAGAAGCAGACUUCAUCUCAUACCACCCUUCAACAACACCCAACCCUCCCUCAAAAGACGAAAAUACCCCUCAUCCCACAAAACAAAUCCCCUCGGCACGACUUUCCGCAUUCCCUUCCAACACCCUUCUGUCCACAGUAACAUCGCGUAAACCUUCCCCAUCGCAACGCAAACGCAACCAUCCGAAUUUCCCCAAAAGCAGCGCAAACGAAAAUGCCGGCCUUCCCUUCCGCCCACCAACAACGGCGAGAGGAGCAAGAGCACACGCCGCGCGACGCCCCCGCAGUGCAGAUAUCGACGGCAGAGGACCACGAAUUGCUCGCGCAGCAGGACGACGAGAUGGAUGCGGUGGCGGAUCGGGAUCGGAUUCGCGUGCUCCCCGGCUCCACCGAAACCGCCGCCUCCUUCCAAUUCGACAACGAGGACCACACCCUCGGCAACGCCCUACGCUACAUCAUCAUGAAGAACCCCCAGGUCGAGUUCUGCGGCUACUCGAUCCCGCACCCCAGCGAGGCCCAUCUGAACCUGCGCAUCCAGACGUACGAUAACGUAUCCGUCUAUUCGGUCCUGGAAAAGGGCCUCCGCGACCUCGAGGACAUGUGCGACGUCGUCAUUGACAAGUUCAGCGCCGCGAGGGCCGAGUUCAGGGCCAAGCAGGGAGCGGCAGGAGGAGCGGAUACGGAGAUGGUGGAUGCGUGAAUGGGGUGAGUGGGAUUGUAUUUCUAUGGAAGAUCGACUUCUUGGUCCCCGUCCGUUCCACCCUCUUCAUGGCUGUUGGGCCAGUUUGGGAGGCAUCCGUGUAGGCGAAGAGAGGAAGAAAGGACGAAGGGAAGAAGGGAAGGGAAUACCCAGCUUUAGACCGUGGCAGUACCACCUGCAUGCGUGCGAUGUCGAUGGAUGGGGCAGGACGGCAAAGGUUGCAUCAUCUGGAGUCUUACUGGGGAUUGCUUGGUGCGCAUCAUCGUGGCGGCGUUUUACUGGAAUCAGCAAUAUCUCUCUCAAAUCGUGACCCUGUUUGCUUCAACAAUUCUAUCACGACGCCAGCAUGUCGAAUGGAUUCGCGAAGAGAUUAACGGACGAUAGAAAUCAUCACAAGGUCCAAGCAUGAGCUCGAUAUGGAUAAAGCACGCAAAAUAAAUUCAUUGCAGAG